CACAAAUAGGUAUGCUGUUUUCUGCUGUUACUGCUGCAACUGCUACUACUCCUGCUGGAGAGAGAGAGAGAGAGAAAGAGCUUACCCGUCCGUCAACAUGUGUACUGAUGCAUCUUACUACUUAGUCUACCAUGGGUAAGGAGAAGACUCACGUUAACGUCGUCGUUAUUGGUCACGUCGAUUCCGGCAAGUCCACCACCACUGGCCACUUGAUCUACAAGUGCGGUGGUAUUGACAAGCGUACCAUCGAAAAGUUCGAGAAGGAAGCCGCCGAACUCGGUAAGGGUUCCUUCAAGUACGCCUGGGUUCUUGACAAGCUCAAGGCUGAACGUGAGCGUGGUAUCACCAUCGAUAUCGCCUUGUGGAAGUUCGAGACUCCCAAGUACCACGUCACCGUCAUCGAUGCCCCCGGCCAUCGUGAUUUCAUCAAGAACAUGAUUACUGGUACUUCCCAGGCCGAUUGCGGUAUCUUGAUCAUUGCUGCCGGUACCGGUGAAUUCGAAGCUGGUAUCUCCAAGGAUGGUCAGACCCGUGAGCACGCUCUCUUGGCCUUCACCCUCGGUGUCCGUCAGCUUAUCGUUGCCAUCAACAAGAUGGAUUCGACCAAGUACUCUGAGGCCCGUUACAACGAAAUUGUCAAGGAAGUCUCCACCUUCAUCAAGAAGAUCGGUUUCAACCCCAAGUCCGUUCCCUUCGUCCCCAUUUCCGGCUGGAACGGUGACAACAUGUUGGAUGAGUCCCCCAACAUGCCCUGGUUCAAGGGCUGGAACAAGGAAACCAAGGCUGGUGCCAAGAGCGGUAAGACCCUUUUGGAAGCCAUCGACAGCAUCGAUCCCCCAGUCCGUCCCUCCGACAAGCCCCUCCGUCUUCCCCUCCAGGAUGUCUACAAGAUCGGUGGUAUCGGUACUGUCCCCGUCGGUCGUGUCGAGACUGGUGUCAUCAAGGCCGGUAUGGUCGUCACCUUUGCUCCUGCUAACGUGACCACUGAAGUCAAGUCCGUCGAAAUGCAUCACGAACAGCUCGUUGAAGGUGUUCCCGGUGACAACGUCGGUUUCAACGUCAAGAACGUUUCCGUCAAGGAUAUCCGUCGUGGUAACGUCUGCUCUGACUCCAAGAACGACCCCGCCAAGGAAGCCGCUUCCUUCACUGCCCAGGUCAUCGUCUUGAACCAUCCUGGUCAGAUUGGUGCUGGUUACUCUCCCGUCUUGGAUUGCCACACCGCUCACAUUGCAUGCAAGUUCUCUGAGCUCUUGGAAAAGAUCGACCGUCGUUCCGGUAAGAAGUUGGAAGAUGCCCCCAAGUUCGUCAAGUCUGGUGACUCCGCCAUCGUCAAGAUGGUUCCCUCCAAGCCCAUGUGCGUCGAAGCCUACACUGAGUACCCCCCUCUUGGCCGUUUCGCCGUCCGUGAUAUGCGUCAGACCGUCGCCGUCGGUGUCAUCAAGGCCGUCGACAAGACUGAGAAGUCUGGCAAGGUCACCAAGGCUGCCCAGAAGGCUGGCAAGAAAUAAGCGAUUUCUAUCUCUGCUUAAGAAUAGAUGCGUUGAUUUGGUGGUCCUAUUAUAUUCACACUAUUUUAAUACUCGCUUGUUUUUUUCCUCUUUUUUUCACAUCUGCUAUCACCAGCACUAAAAAGGAAUCUUUCCUUUUUGUUUACAAUCAUCAAAAAUAAAAAGUGCAUUGGUACAUUGACCAUCAAAAAAGAAGUUUGAAGACCUCGCAUUAUGUUUGAU